AUGCCGAUGGGACAUGGCACGCAGAUGACUCUGAUCUGGAAGACGUGGAUCGCACUCCACACGAUGGUGGCAACGGGCCUCCUAUGGUCGUUAUGCCACGGGGACCUCCCCCUCCCAGGCCAGUCAAUCUGCCAGCCGGGACGACAUGGCCUCCGACUAGAGACAACAACCCUGCAGACCAUACCGACAGCGCGUCGGCAGGCGACAGGGGGACACAAGCCGGAGACUGCUUGGACCGACCAGUUCAAGGGCCACUACUACCGGAUGGAUCCUUCGAAAGAGCUCCUAGUGAUGAGGGCUCCGAAUCCGAAGACAGCGACAGCUCUGAGUCCAGCCAGGCAAGCUACACAUGGAGCGAUACAUCUUUGGUCUUGGAGGGACCAGUCCUCCACCACGCCCUCGAGACGUUCCUAUCACUAUUCCGCCAACAGGCUUUGGAGGACAAUCCAGACAUCCCGGCCAGAUCUUUGGGUGGACAGCUGGGUGCCCUGCGACGACGUUCCCAGACCUGGAUGGCUUUGCAAGACACAGCACGCCUCCGACUCCGUGGAGCUUACCUUGUGGAUUGGCGAACAUACGAACACCAAGCCACGCAUGAGUGGCGGCGCCGCCGGCCAGACGACCACUGCCCGGAGUGAAGGAAGUGCUCUUGGCCAGCCUUCUGGCAUCGUCCGGAGUGGGUGCACCGAUGCGCCACAGGAGGGGGACCCGCUUCGGCGGGGAAGCAAUGCGGACAGGCUGCGAGCUGCCACGGCACCCACAGGUGGCACUUGGUACAAAGGAGAUCGGAACGCCGACGACCUGACCCGCCAAGUUCGCGAAGGUGACACUCAGAUUGACUUCAUUGCCACACGGCACCGCACAGCCGGAGGCCGGGCAAAGUGGGCCCGCGCCAUCACUGGGUUUCCGGUUGGGGCACAUAGGCAAUCGGGUCACUACCCUGUGUUUGCACAGCUCCCCGUGGUGCCGUUCUUCCUGUCACAGCCUCGACAGACAGCCACUCAUAGCUAUGACAAGCUCGCCCUGCAGCAAGCGUUCCGGGAGCAAUCUCCCAGUGCCGAGGUCCUGCGACAACGGGUCGCGGACCGUCUGCAGGAGAUCCCCACACAGGAUCUCGUCUUGUUGCAGCAGCAGCUUAAUCGUGUGCUCCUGCAGGAGACCGCCACGGUCUUCCCUGCUCGCAAAGCUGCCGACGGCCGUAUCAGUGCGGACCCUGCUUUUCAGGUCUCCGCUCGACAAACAUGGCAUCUCUACCGCCUGGCUAAGAAAGCCUGUGUAUGCACUCUCCGAGGCAUUUGGAGACAGUGGCACCGGACUGCCCAGUUUGCCAAGGCCUCGAAUCGUCUUAGACAGCAGAGUAAACAGCUAAAGCGAUCACAGCUUUUGUCCCUUGUUGACACAGCUGAACAAGCAGCAAACAAGGGAGACCAGCGGGUACUUUAUGAAGUGGUGCGGCGACUCACGCCCAAAACUCAGCUCAGAUUCUCCCGACUCAAGUCACAGGACGGUAGGCUGCUCACAUCCCAAGAGCAACUCCAAGCCAUCCAGGCCCAUGGGGAAACGACAUUUGCCUCUCAAGCAGACGCACAGCCGCACCCUUGCAUGCCGGCCGACUUCAUAGUGGAUGACGACUCUGUUUGCAAAGAGCUGACUAGGCUUGGGGCGGGCAAAGCUGUGCCGAAGCACGUGGCUCCGGCCUCGGCGUGGCGUAUCUGUGCAGACAUCAUCAGUCCACUGCUAGGUCGUGGUAUCCGGUCACACUUUAAGAAAGGGUCUCCAGGUCGGCUGGAUGCCGAUUGGCGCGACACACAUGUAGUCUGGCUUGCCAAGCCAAAUAAACCACCGACAAUGGUCUCCAACAUGCGACCCAUCGGACUACAAUGCCCCACCAGCAAGCUUUUGGCCGGCCUCCUGCGUAACCAGCUGAUUCAAUAUCUCUACCCACUCCUGCAAACUCUGCCCCAAUACGCCUUCACUAAAGCCAGGGGAACCGCUGAUGCUCUCCUCAGAGCCCACUCUCAUUUCGUUGAGGUGAGCUCCCUUCUUCAGCAGGCCACGGUGAACCGGUUUCAGCUACAGGCCGGCAAAUCCCAGCAGCCAUGCACAGGUGGAUUGUGUCUUUCGCUGGACUUGUCAAGGGCGUUCGAUGGUGCAAACCGACCCUGUAUCUACGAAGCCCUACGCACCCACGGAGUCCCGCCACAGAUCAUCCACGUUGUUCAAGCCCUGCAUUUUGAAGCCCGCUACCACUAUCGUGUCGGGGAUGUCACAGGAUUCACCACAACCUCGAACGGCAUAAAACAAGGAUGUGUUAUUGCUCCUCUGUUGUGGUCCUACUACACAGUAGCAUUCAUGCUCAUACUCAGAGAACACCGCAGUCAACAGUGGUUGGAAAAAAUCCUCACGCUCUUUGCCGACGAUUGUUGGGGCGCUUGGACCAUCGCUAGCGAAUCGGCCUUUGAUUCCGCCAUUGCGGAUCUGCAACUUAUCUUUGAGACUCUUGAAUCACUACACAUGACCAUUAACUACCACAAAACAGCCAUCUUGUUGAGACUUGUCGGCAGAGAUGCCAAGCGCAUCCGGCGAGCAGCCACAUUCAUGAAGGGGGGCACACUUCAUCUCCGAGUCAUGGUGCAUGACAGGGAGUGCGGGGUACCGAUCCGUCUUGAACACGAAUAUCUGGGCUCCAUUGUGUCGUACCACCGCCGGAUUGAAAAGAACACGGCACACCGGCUGAAAGCCUGCCAGGUGCGUUAUCAGGGGCUUCGCAAGACCCUGAACGGCUCGCACCAUCUCAGCCAGGAGCACAGAAUCCGACUGUGGCAGGCAUGCGUGUGUUCCAGUGCUUUUUACUCGCUUCCGGUUGUAGGCAUUAACUCCUCGGCACUCCGUAGGGUCACUAGUGCUCUUACCCGACACCUGAGAGCCAUACUUCGUCUGCCCGCUCACCUCACACACGUUAAUACAACCACAGUGUGGGAACGAGCAGGCCUCGAUCAGCCGGGUGUCGUCCUCCAGCGGACCCUGCACAACUUCAAGGACAGAUUGCUCUCCUUGAACACCGGGGAACAACAUAUCACCACCACCCAGUCGGUUUUUGCCAGGUUGGACUCGCUCCAAUCUGACCUUGCUGAAGCCCUCCGGCAGGAAACUAAGCACAUCAGCAAAGAACCCACUACCCAAGCAUUGGUCAGCUGCCCUAGUUGUGAUGCCACAUUUGUUAGUGAGAAUGCCAUGAGGAUACAUGCCAAGCUGACUCACAAAUUCCUCCCGGCUCACUCCACGAGGACGCCCACAGUCUUUCAGCCACAUUUGCAUGCUGUUGCUGGGAUGCCACAAUGCAGGCUGUGUAAUCGGCAGUUCUAUCGGUGGUCCCACCUCAAGCUGCACAUCGAAGGCGGCUCAUGUUGUCAACUCGGUGGAGACAGCCUCAUUCGCUCACCUCUUGACUCGUCACAGGCAAUGGCUGCGGUGGCUGUACCGCCCACGGCUCAAGUGGACCUCUUUGAAGGGCAAAAAGUUGAGCACCUGCCUCUCAUUAUGCGAGACACUUUCAUCAGCAAGCUUAGCCACUGGGAACGUUGGGUUACCGUUGCACCUUUGAUGAGAGAGCUCCAAAACCACUGUGCCAUCUGUCAUCAGUGGAUCGCGGACUUCAGGCAUGUGCGCCAGCACAUCAAUAAAGUACAUGCUGACGCCUACGGACACCUCUUCAAACCAGCGGACCUGGGCCCUCUGGAGUCGGACAUAUUCGCUCACUGCUACAAUGUGGGACCGGCGCCAAGCAUGAUACCCAGCAGAGCGCAGAAACGUCCGAGACCGGAACACUCCUUCCAGAAUCGGUACUCAGCCUUCCCCCCCAGGGGAGGAGGCAUGCCGCCGCCGAUGCCGAUGUAUCACGCGCCACAGGAACGAGAUCCCCUUCGGCUGAUGAGUCGCAUCAUUCUUCAGCAAGAAGAAACAAUAUGCCACCUUCGCAACGAGAAGUGCUUUGUUCUAUUCCUCAAGCACGAACAAGAAGGGAUCCUCAAGCAGUUGAUGGCAGUGUCAAAAGAAUGGAACGAGAAGAAGGAGAAGACGCCGGAUCAGCUCAACUCUCCACUGAGGACUCUCUUAUUGCAGUCGAUGCUUCAGGAAUUGCUCAAUCGAGUUCAGAAGGAAACAGCAACACAGGAAGGACGGGCGACUCUGGUGAGCCGGGGAUGGCUCACACAGGACCAUCACUGGGCCUACCUUCGUUGGGACCGACAGGCCAAGCAGCUCACGCAGGACACCCGCCCACCGUUCCAGCAUGCCGAUCUGGUCAGGCUGAUCACCUGGAUGCUGAAGGAGCUCCAGGGAGACAUCAUCCAAACCUUCAAGUCGAUGCCUCCGUUCCACAAGCUCGACAUGCAGACCGUGAAGUCGACCACCUUCAAGCUCGAGAUCUCACUGCGGGGCCAGACCUCGCUGGAGAUGCACGAAGCGUUUGCCAAGCUGGCAGCCUGUUCAGUGACUCACCUCAUCGGGGUCUCGAUCAAACGCGACAGCCUUGCCCAAUCCCCAUUGGCACGGCAACUGGCCGACCUCACCUAUCGCCGUCGAUGA